AUGUCGCCCGCCCCUUCGUCUCCGAUCCUCUCUACCCUCGAAGUUGCCGAAGACCCCGCGACCCGACCCGACCUCAUCCAUAGCCUCUCCCAUGAGAGCACAGUCCUUGCUCUCGCCGUCAGUCCCCAGCAUGAGAUGAUCUAUGCUGGUACACAGGAUGGCGAGAUUGUUGCUUGGUCUCUCGACACCUUUCACCAGGUCCAUCGUGUCCAGGCACACAAGCGCAGCGUCCUAUCGCUCUCCCUCUCCCCCGAUGCCUCCCUCCUGUUCUCUAGCGCCGGAGACCCCAUCAUCAACGUCUGGGAUCCCAAGACCCUGACUCGACUAUACGAGAUCUACGGCUCCUACGACGUCGGCGACAUCUUCUGCACCGCGUACAGCCCCCAGCACGAGACCCUCUACAUUGGAGCGCAGAAUGCCACCAUCCAAUGGGUCGGUCUCAACGACACAACUGCUCGUGUGUCCCCCGAGUCUCAACAACACCCUGACCGACGAAACCACCGUUUCUUUGACUCCAAGCCCCCCGGCGGUACGAGCACGCCGCGGCGCAACGAUGACCGUUGGGGCUUGAUCCCCAAAGCCCAGAACGUUCUCGAGAUGCACUCGGGCUGUGUUCGAAACUUUGCGCACUACGGUUAUGUGUACUGCAUGAUCAUAGCCAAGGGCCCCACCGUGGAGGUCGGAACCGAUGACGAUGUUUUGAUAUCUGGUGCUGGCGAUGGAACAAUCAAGCUUUGGAGUUUGGGGCAUGCUGCCGGUGAGGACGAAGAGCAUGGAGGUGGUAUCCAGGAGAUCAUGACCCUGGGCUCCGACAACGCCGAAUCUGUCUUGUCGCUGGCUCUUGACAGCUCGUUCUUGUACGCUGGCAAGCUGGAUGGCGUUGUCGAACUGUGGGAUCUUGACACAUCUCAACGGUUAAGAGUCAUCAAGGCGCAUGAUUGCGACAUCAUGUCGAUUCAGAUGGGCUGGGGUUAUUUGUGGACAGCCGCAACUAACGGUUGGGCCAGCAAAUACAGCACAACUCACUACGGCAAAUACCAGCAUGCGUCGUCCGGAACCGUGCCCCAAAAGUACCAGUGCCUCUUGCGAUGGCACGCUCAUCAUGGCAAAAUUCUGGCCUCAGCCAUCACCACCUACAAGAACAAGCAGUACUUCAUUACUGGCGCCAACGAUGACAACGUCUCAAUCUGGGCUAUUGACCCUGACGACUGCUCCAAGAAGGAGAAGGAAGUCUCUCAAGCCUCGGACAACUUGCUCUUGUCGACCCUCCGAGACUUUGUGUCGUACAAGACCGUGUCCUCCCGUCCAGAGUUUGCCGAGGACUGUCGUAAGGGAGCAACAUAUCUCGGUGCGCUGUUCAAGCGUCUAGGCGGGCAUGUCGAGAUGCUCAGCACCGAGAAGCCUCACAACCCCGUUGUCUAUGCUCGCUUCUCGGCCAAGAAGGAGGCGGCCGAGACCCGGAAGCGCAUUCUCUUCUACGGUCACUACGACGUCGUUGCUGCCGACAGCCGUAAGGGCAACUGGACCAACGACCCAUUUACCAUGCAAGGAACUAAUGGCUACCUCUACGGUCGCGGUGUCAGUGACAACAAAGGACCAAUUGUCGCUGCGCUCUAUGCUGUUACGGACUUGAUGGAGGCUCAGCAGCUGGAGAACGAUGUCAUCUUCCUGAUCGAAGGUGAGGAAGAGUUUGGAUCGCUCGGCUUCGAGGAGGCUGUCAAGAAGAACAAGGAGCUAAUUGGCGACGUGGACUACAUCCUGCUUGCCAACAGUUACUGGUUGGAUGAUGAGGUGCCUUGCUUGACGUAUGGUCUUCGUGGUGUUUUACACACUACCAUCUGCGUUGAUGCGCCUCGGCCUGACAUUCACUCUGGAGUCGACGGUUCUUAUAUGCUGAACGAGCCGCUGACCGAUCUUACACACAUCCUUUCCAAGCUCAAGGGACCGGGCAACCGGGUACAGAUCCCUGGCUUCUACGAGGGAAUCCUUCCUGUGACUCCGGAAGAGGAAGCGCGCUAUGACGACAUUGCUUCUAUUCUAAUCCGCAGCAACCCUGAGAAGGGCCCAGAAGAGAGGCUCAAGCAGUCCCUCAUGGCACGAUGGAGAGAGCCGAACUUGACGCUCCAUCGAUACAAGGUGUCUGGUCCAGACGGCAGCCUUGUGAGCAGCCACGCCAGUUCCCACAUCAGUCUACGACUGGUGCCGGGUCAAGAGGUGGAUAGCGUGAUUGAGGCGCUGAAAGCGUUUUUGGAGAACGAGUUCUCGCAGCUCGAGUCACAGAACAGGCUGACCAUCAACGUGGACAACAGAGCCGAGCCGUGGCUGGGUGAUCCCACAAACGCCAUCUUUCAGACCCUGGAAAAGGCCAUCCUGGAGACUUGGGAGGGCUCUUUUGAGACGUCUGCUCCUUCAGGCGAUGCCACACCAGAUGUUGCGCCUGAGCAGAACGAGGUCCUCUCGGUCAAGACCAAGCUGGGCAAGCCUCGCAAGCCGUUGUAUAUCCGCGAGGGUGGUUCGAUCCCAGCGAUCCGGUUCUUGGAGAAGGAGUUUGGGGCACCGGCUGCGCACUUGCCAUGCGGGCAGUCAACCGACUCGGCGCAUCUGGACAAUGAGAGGAUCUGUCUGUUGAACCUGCUCAAGGCUCGUGAGAUUUUUGCCAAGGUGUUUGGUCGGUUGUAA